UGUUUAGUAUCAAAAUGUAUGUCUAAUUUGGAAUACAAAAUUUGAGCCGGGCGUUGGAUAUGCCCUUUGUCAGGAAUGUCAGAUACGUGGGACGAGGAUGAAGCCGAGCCUGGCAGUUCGGAGAGGCCAAAUUUGCGGACAGGGGAGGAGGAGCAUCCGGAACAUCAGGAAGAACCUUCCCCACCUAAUGUUGAGGAACAGGAACCUAGUGAAGAGGACAGCAAGAGAAGUAGUACGGGAAGUACUGGCCUAAAGUUAGCGACCCCGUCAUCGCAGGGCAAGCGGGCUACGCUCGACGAGACCUUCAAUAGAAGCUCCGACUCCUUCAAUGAAUUCAACAAUAGCGAUCUGGAGCCAUCGGAUCGUCCGAACAGCCGAGCUCGAAGGCUGAAAUACUUUCGCAAAGCCACCGAUGCUGACUGUGAGGUGCACGUCUUGAGCACAUGUGAUGAAAGCGACGACAUCGUGGGCAAUGUCUGUUACAAAAAGUUCAACUGCCACCGGGUCUUCCUGGCCACAGCCUCCGACAAACUAGAGCAAGACGUAUACCGAAACAAGCAGUGGAACGGAGUGCUCCAGAUCAAUGGAGUGUCUCCGGAAAGCGUUGAGAUCUUCCUGGAGUUCAUAUACACAUUCCAGGUGAGCGAGCCGAUGGUGCAACUGGGCCUGGUGGGGGACAUUUUCAUCCUCUCCUGCGCCUACAACAUUCCGGAGCUACUGCGUUCCUUUUCCAAACACCUAAAGGAUAAGGAGUGGCCCCUGGACGGCAUUUUCCCAACCUUCGAUCUGGCGUUCCGCCAUAACAUCAUUGACUUGGAGCAUGUGUGCAUGGGGAAAAUCAUUGAGAGAGCGGAUGAAUUGACCAGGGAGCCCGGCUUGAUGAAGCUACAGGUAUAUGCACUGAAUUAUGUGAUCCAGCACUGGAUAUUGGCCGAUGUGGUGCCCCAUACAGAGCUCGUGCAUCUGCUUCAGGAGUACCAGGAUACCAACGAUAUUACAUUUUCCAACUCCCAGAAGUUCCCUCACUUCACCAAGAUCAUCAAAUACUUCCCGAACGUGCUCUUGGAUGCCGAGGGAUUCAUUAAAAAAUUUUAACACAAAAUUGUACACCAGGAGUUCAUCUAUCUCAAUGGUUUUUUAUCUAUCCCAAUAAAUAAAUCCAUUAGCUCGGCA